GGGCACUCAACCACUGAGCUACAUCCCCAGCCCUAUUUUGUAUUUUAUUUAGAGACAGGGUCUCACUGAGUUGCUUAGCUCCUCACCAUUGCUGAGGCUGACUUUGAACUUGCAAUCCUCCUGCCUCAGCCUCCCAAGCUGCCCCCAGCCCUUUUUUAUGUUUUAUUUAGAGCCAGGUCUCACUGAGUUGCUUAGGGCCUCACUAAGUUGUUGAGGCAGGCUUUGAAUUUGUGAUCCUUCUGCCUCAGCCUCCCAAGCCACUGGGAUUAUAGUUGUGCACCACCAAGUCCUGGCUGCAAUACAUUUUUUUUUUUUUUUUGCAGGGGUGGGGGGCUAAUACUGGGGAUUGAGCCCAGGUCCUUACACAGUACUCUACCACAGAAUUACACCCCAGCCCUUUCACAUGUAAUUCUUUUGCCUUAGCCUUGCAAGUAGCUGGGAUUACAGGAUGUGCUCCCACACCUGGCUGAAAAUGAGUUUACAUUUUUAAAAUUUUUUUUAUUUUUUUAGUUGUUGAUUGAUGUUUAUUUAUUUACUUAUAUGUGAUGCUGAGAAUCGAACCCAGUGCCUCACCCAUGCUAGGGACAAGAAUGGGGAGACUGCUGGUAGCCAUGAGCUCCUGGGGUUAAAUCAGGCUGGUAGUCAUGGGGCUGGGAUGGCCCCAGGCCUGGUUAUUGGGCCUGCCCACAGCUGUGGUCUAUGGCUCCCUGGCCCUCUUCACCUCCAUCCUGCACAAUGUGUUCCUGCUCUACUAUGUGGACACCUUUGUCUCAGUGUACAAGAUCAACAAAGUAGCCUUCUGGGUUGGAGAGACGGUGUUUCUCCUGUGGAACAGCCUCAACGACCCCCUCUUCGGCUGGCUAAGUGACCGCCAGUUCCUCAGCUCUCAGCCCUGGUCAGGCGCCAGGCUCUCCUCAAGGGCUGUGGUGCUGGCACGGGUACGGGUGCUGGGCAGACACGGGCCACUGCUGGCACUGUCCUUCCUGGCAUUCUGGGUGCCUUGGGCCCCAGCUGGCCUACAGUUCUUGCUGUGCCUGUGCCUCUAUGAUGGCUUCCUGACACUCGUGGACCUUCACCAUCAUGCCUUGUUGGCCGACCUGGCACUCUCGGCCCACGACCGCACCCAUCUCAACUUCUACUGCUCCGUCUUCAGUGCAGCUGGCUCCCUCUCUGUCUUUGCCUCCUACGCCUUUUGGAAUAAGGAGGACUUCUCCUCCUUCCGCGCCUUCUGCGUGGCACUGGCUGCUGGCUCUGGGCUGGGCUUUCUGGGGGCCACGCAACUACUGAGGCGGCGGGUUGAAGUGGCUGGAAAGGACCCUGGGUGCUCAACCCUGGCCAUGGAUGGUGGCCUGUAUGGAGAGGAGCUGCUAGUGGGCAGUGAGGAAGUGGGCAGCAUCACCUUGGGCCAAUACCUCCGGCAGCUGGCACGCCACCAAAACUUCCUGUGGUUCGUGGGCAUGGACCUGGUGCAGGUGUUCCACUGCCACUUCAACAGCAACUUCUUCCCCCUCUUCCUGGAGCAUCUGCUGUCAGACCACAUCUCCCUCUCCACUGGCUCCUUCCUGUUGGGUGUCUCCUAUGUCGCUCCCCAUCUCAACAACCUCUACUUCCUGCCCCUGUGUCAGCGCUGGGGCGUCUACGCAGUAGUGCGGGGUCUCUUUCUGCUCAAGCUGGGCCUUAGCCUGCUCAUGCUGGUGGCUGGCCCAGACCAUCCUGGCCUGCUCUGCUUCUUCAUCGCCAGCAACCGUGUUUUCACUGAGGGCACCUGCAAGCUGUUGACCCUGGUGGUCACUGACCUGGUGGAUGAGGACCUGGUGCUGAACCAUCGUAAACAGGCGGCCUCAGCGCUUCUCUUUGGCAUGGUUGCCCUGGUGACCAAACCAGGCCAGACCUUUGCCCCAUUGCUGGGCACCUGGCUGCUCUGCUUCUAUACAGGUCAUGAUCUUUUCCAACAGCCUCCAAUGACCCCUGUUGGGAGUGCCCAGCCCUGGCCAGAGCCACCAGCUCCAGCCCCAGCACAGGCCCCCACGCUCCGCCAGGGCUGCUUCUACCUGCUGGUGCUGGUACCUAUCACUUGUGCACUGCUGCAGCUCUUCACCUGGUCCCAGUUCACACUGCACGGGAGGCGCCUGCACAUGGUCAAGGCCCAGCGCCAGAAUUUGGCACAGGUCCCAACCCUGGACAUUAAGACAGUGUGAGAGGUGCAGUAAGGCUACCCUGUUGAGGACACUGCCCCAGUCAGGGAGCAGGAGCCACUUUUGCCAGUGUCCUGCUAGUGCACCUUCUUUGGGUGCAGCAUAGAGGAGAUGGCAGAUGGGAGCUCCUGGAACUUAGCUAGGAAUGUCAUUGAAGUCUUUUCCUCCCUAGCUGCCUGGCUCAGUUUGAGCAAGGGCUGGGCUGUAUGUGCUCAGAGACAUGGUUCCUCUGUGGGGCAGGAGGAAAGAGGACCAGAAGGGAUGGGACUACAUGUGGUGACUGCCAAGGGGCAUGGAGGCCCAUCCUACUGUCAGCUAGGGCUGGCUGCUCUAGCAGGCUUGAGAACCACUUUUGAUAACACAACUGCUCCCUUUUGCCUAGUCAAGGGAAGCCUACUCUAAGUGCCACUUGCCACUGCCUCCUAGUGUUUUUUUUUUCAGAGGGUUCUUCUUUAGCUGUUUGAAGUAGCAUGUUCCUUCUGUUGCAGGACUCUCCCAUCAAUACACCUCUGGAGAAGCUCAUUUUGUUACAGAUUGAUUAAAGCCAGUCAUUCCUA